GGGCAUAUUCAGUUGAAUAGAAGAUUAGAGAGAGACAGAAGAAGGAAGAGAGAAGGCAGCCAAAGACCGUUAGUUCAAAGAAAAAGAGAGGAGACCGAAAACAAACUCCUCUUAUUUCUCAAAUUUUUUGUCAGACCAUCUCUCUAUCUAUCAAUCAAUCAAUCAUUCAAUCUCGUCUGCGUGUUCCUGCCCUAGCCCCAGGGGAGGAGGAUGAUGAACCAGGACGCUGAGGCAUCUUCUUCCACCACCACCUCUCAUUACUCUUCUUCUUCCUCCAUCCUCUCUAAUUACCCGCUUCUCGCAGCUCUCCUCUCCUUCGUUCUUGCUCAAACCAUCAAGGUCUUCACCUCCUGGUAUAGGGAUAGACGAUGGGAUCUCAAGCAACUUGUUGGGUCUGGUGGAAUGCCAUCGUCCCAUUCUGCAACUGUUACAGCUCUUGCUGCAGCCAUUGGGUUACAAGAAGGCUUUGGAGGAUCAAUGUUUGCAAUAUCAUUGGUCAUAGCAUGCGUUGUUAUGUAUGACGCAUUUGGUGUGAGAUUACAGGCUGGACGUCAAGCAGAGGUUCUGAAUCAAAUUGUUUAUGAGCUCCCUGCUGAGCAUCCUCUGGCUGAAAGCAGACCACUGCGGGAACUUCUUGGCCACACCCCUCCUCAGGUUAUUGCUGGUGCAGUGCUGGGACUUACCACAGCAUCUAUUGCCUAUUUGAUUGUGAUGGCUCGAAGUCGAGCUUGACGCCCAGAUAGAUCAGUAGAUAUCAUGUCUUGGGACUGAAUCGGAUCUCGCAAAUCUGUCAUGAGAAAAAAAAAAAAAAAAAAGGUUCUUAACAUGUGAAUUUCAACCAUUUAUCAUCUAUGAUUCAGUUAGCACAUUGCAUUGAA